CGCUCCGGAAGCGGAAGUGCCCAAGAGGUCAUCCUUGGUCUUCAAGAUGGCGGCCCUCAGUGCGCUGGUGUCCCAGUGUGGGCGGCUGUUCCGAGGGCUUCUGGCAGGCCCUGCCGCGACCAGCUGGGCUCGGCCUCCAGAUCGCGGGUUCAGGGAAGUGGUGGAGAUCCAAGAAGGGAAGACAACUAUAAUCAAAGGCCGAAUCACAGACACUCCCCGGGAAAGUCCAAAUCCCCCUAACCCCUCUGGCCAGUGCCCCAUCUGCCGGUGGAACCUGAAGCAUAAGUAUGGCUAUGAGGAUGUUCUGCUGCUCAGUCAGUUUAUCCGGCCUCACGGAGGCAUGCUGCCUCGAAAGAUCACAGGCCUGUGCCAGGAAGAACACCGCAAAAUUGAGGAGUGUGUGAAGAUGGCCCACCGAGCAGGUCUGUUGCCAAAUCAUAGGCCUCUGCUUCCUGAAGGAGUUGUUCCAAAAAAGAAACCCCAACUCAACCGGUACCUGACCCGCUGGUCCGUCCGCUCCGUCAAGCCCAUCUACAAUAAAGGCCAUCGCUGGAACAAGGUGCGCAUGGCCGUGGGAUCGCCCCUCCUGAAAGACAACGUCCGCUACACAAAAAAGCCCCUGGUGUUCUAUCAGGGUUAGAACCUGCCCGCAGCUCCUGCACUCCUGCCUUCCCACGGCUGGCCUGGCCCCGCCAACAUGAAGGACACCGUGGCAUGGACCACCUUCCGUGGCCCGCCGGCAGCGGUGCUGGGAGCCGGGGGCAGGCAGGGCAGUUGGGUUCUUUGGCAACUACGAUGGUCCCCUGGCUGGUUGGGGCCGUACUCUGUGCUAGGGCACAGGAGUUUUGCUCAACGGAAUGUCAUAAACCAGGCUCAUGUUUCACCCA